GUCUUGAUUCGCGCGGCUGCCAUGCAAGAUCUCGCUCGUUCGUUCGGAGAAGUGCUGCGAUACAGGGCCCAGGGGCCGUGGAAGCCUCCGUGGUGGCACGGGCGGCCGCGCCAAGCUGCAGGGCCUGCUCGCCGCAGCUCGCCUGCCCCGCCAUUCCGCUCUCGUCCGCGCGGGCGCGGGGGGCCAGGUGGUGUGAGCCCUGCUUCGGGGGAGUGGUCGCGGCCUACUCGCUCGCAGCAUUGGUCGUCGGCCUGGCGGUCGGCGCCGUCGGAAGCGGCCUACUCGCUCGUCGUGCCGCUGUCGAGCCCGCUGCCCCCAUCUUCGGAAAGACGGCUCGCGCCCAGGCGCGCGCCGCCAGGGAUAAGAAGUCGGGCUCCCAGUGAUUAUGUCUCACCGGAUGCAACUGCACAUUGUUAGAUGCCGUGUUGGUGGAACUCACGUGUGGCAUGGGAGGCUCAUUAUACUUCGGGGACCUGGGACCACAGGCAAUGUCCUCACCCCAACGGAGACCGCUACGAGGAGGGCUGAGCCCCCGACGCCGGCAUCGAAGCGGUCCUUGUUCUGUCUGCAUGUCCAGGGCGAGCGGCCUGCGGGCUUGAUGGUAUACGGAUUCAAGGCGCUGCCGACCGCCGUAGACGCGUGGACGGGCAUCCUGGAGGCCGCCCAGCUGUUCCGGGUCGGCCGCCCUGCCUCGCACGCCUCCAUGCCCUUGGCGGCGGGCGAAUUAGGCGACCUGGCGACAGGCGCGCAGGCGUUGACUGGCCCAGCCACGCCUGCGGCGCCCGCGGCCGUUGGCCCUGCAGCCUGGGCGCAGCGCCCGCUGAGGCGGCGCCCGCCGCACCUGCGGGUGUGGGCGACCGCGGCGUGGGUGCGCGCCCACAUUCGUCGCCGCCUUUCGUCCCCGUCGGCUUGGCAUCCGAAGUGGAUGGCGGAGUGGCGGAUGUCAGAGGACGGCCCACUCAUUAGAGAGCACGGUCUGCUGUGCCGCAUCUUGGAGUUGGCCGUUUGCUACGACCAGGUCACCGCGUGCGAGCUCGCGCACCUGGAGAUGACCGCGCGCCACCUCCAGCUUCUCGGUGAGAAGAGCAUGGGCAACGUCUGCGCGUGCCCGUUGCUGCCGCUGCUCAGCCAGCGGUUCGCGGACGAGUUGAAGGCCGCGGCUGCGGAUCGCCGCCUCCUCCUCUCCGUGGACACUUUGGCACUAGCUCUUAGCGCUCUCAUGGGCCGCGGUCGCGCGGUCAAACCUUGCCGGGUCUUUGCGUCGCGCUGGGCGCCGUCGGACCUUCGCACGCCCGGUGCCGCCCCGUCGCAGUUUGGUUUCAGGCCUGCCCAGCAGGCGCCGCUCCUGGAGCUGGCGAGCGGGCGCCUGAGCUUCCUGGAGGCCGCGGCGCCCACCGACGCCACCGGGCCCGACGUCUUCUCGACGGCUCUCCUGGCGCGCUUGGCCUUAGACGGCUUCGACGCGGCGGCGGGGAGAGUCUGGAUGGCGGCGGUGCGCCAGCUGCUGCCGCGGUUCGGCCCCCUGCGAGCCUCGCCGCCGAGGGCGUUCGAGGCCUUCGAGGCUGCGCUUCGCGAUGUCCGCGCCGCCGUGACCGACGUGCGCGACGCCUUCAAUCGAGCGGCGGUGCUCGUGGGCAUGGAGGCGCAGCCCUUUCUGCACGUGCUGCGGCACAGCGCGGCCAGCGACGACCCCCUGGCUGCGCGGCAGCCCCCCCACGGCGUGAAUGACCGCGGCGGGUGGGUCACGGACUGCUCGCGUCGUCGGUGCGCCGAGCGGACCGAGUUGCAGCGACAGUUGAACGACCUGUUCAACGAUGUGCUCACGUCCGGCCACUUGGUGGACGCGAGCCCCGUGGAGCUGAUCGAGGCGGCUGCCCUGGGCCAGCCGCUGCCGUGGCCGGCGCCGCAAAGGAUCAAGGAGGAGGUCAAGCGGAAGCAGUACGACGCCGCCGUGCAGCUCCACGACUUGCGCGCCGCGGCGCCUUGCGCCCCGCCGAGGGCAGGGAAGCCAGAGGUUUUGGGCAAGACGCCGGCCGGCAGGACUUCGCUGACUCGGAGGAACGGCUACCGCCUGGAUUGGAUGCUCGAGAAGAAGGACGGGACCAGCGACCUCCAGACGCAGGACGGCUACUGGGUCGGCGAGGUCGGCUUCGAGCGCUCGCAGGGCGCCCAGGGCCUCCGCUACCGCAUGCGGCCCACCAGGCAGGAGUUCCUGGAGGGCAAGGAGGUCGACAACCUCAUGUACGCCAUCGGCCCCGUCAAGUUCAGGGUUGGGGAGGCAUUCGGAGGCACUGGCAACAACGAGGCCAAUCGCCAGCUGAAGAGGAAGCUCGUGGCGGAAGACCUCACCGAUCCCGCGAAGAUCGAGGAGAACAAGUACUGGAAAGCCCGGUACGGCUACGAGCGCUGGGACAUGGGCAACAUCGACCAGUCGACCGGCUUGGCCACCACGUGGUUCCGUGGCCUGGCCGCCUGGUCCGGCCUCGACCCAAAGAAGGAGGAGCGCGGCGUGACCUGGUUCGAGGCCGAUUGGGGCAAGCCGUGGCUGAAGAAGUACGUGGGCACCAAGCUCCCAGGCUGGGUCUCCGCCGCGCAGGUCGAGAAGGAGUUCGACACCGGCAAGCUGAAUGGCAAGUACCUCACCCUGCCCAAGCCCAACGACAACGCCAAGGCCACCGGCAUCUACGGCCCGUCUGCCCAGCUUAAGUAG